GGGGAGCAGCGGGAGGAGGAGGAGGCGGCGGCUAGCGAGGAGCCGGCGCUGGGUCCUGCAGUAGGGCUCCCGGGAGCCACCAUCAUGGUGAAGAGGAAGAGCUCCGAGGGCCAGGAGCAGGACAGCGGCCGCGGCAUCCCGCUGCCCAUCCAGACCUUCCUGUGGCGCCAAACCAGUGCAUUUUUGAGGCCUAAACUGGGGAAGCAAUAUGAAGCUUCUUGUGUGUCCUUUGAACGAGUGUUGGUAGAAAACAAGCUGCAUGGCCUCUCUCCAGCCCUUUCUGAAGCCAUCCAGAGCAUUUCCAGAUGGGAACUGGUGCAAGCUGCUUUGCCUCAUGUUCUCCACUGUACCGCAACUCUGCUUUCCAACCGGAACAAGCUAGGCCACCAAGAUAAGCUCGGUGUCGCUGAGACCAAACUUCUUCACACCCUGCACUGGAUGCUCCUAGAGGCCCCCCAGGACUGCAACAGUGAGCGGUUUGGGGGUACAGACCGAGGCUCCAGCUGGGGUGGCAGCAGCAGCGCUUUCAUCCACCAGGUUGAAAACCAGGGUUCUCCAGGUCAGCCCUGCCAGAGCAGCUCCAAUGAUGAAGAGGAGAACAACCGGAGGAAGAUCUUCCAGAACUCCAUGGCUACUGUGGAGCUCUUUGUGUUUCUGUUUGCUCCUCUGGUACACAGGAUUAAGGAAUCUGACCUCACCUUCCGAUUGGCCAGUGGUCUUGUAAUAUGGCAGCCUAUGUGGGAGCACAGACAGCCGGAAGUCUCUGGCUUCACAGCAUUGGUAAAACCCAUUAGGAACAUCAUUACAGCCAAGAGAAGUUCUCCUAUAAACAGUCAAAGUCUGACCUGUGAAUCACCAAAUCAGGAGACAAGACACCGAGAGGGACUCCAGGUGGUCUGUGAAACUUUGCAGUCUGAUUCUAUCUCACCCAAGGCCACCAUUUCAGGCUGCCACCGAGGAAACUCCUUUGAUGGAAGCUUGUCCUCCCAAACUUCCCAGGAAAGAGGCCCAUCACAUUCCAGGGCCUCUCUGGUGAUACCUCCAUGCCAAAGAUCCCGCUAUGCCACCUACUUUGAUGUUGCUGUUCUCCGCUGCCUACUCCAGCCCCACUGGUCUGAAGAAGGCACCCAGUGGUCUCUGAUGUACUAUCUACAAAGGCUGCGGCAUAUGUUGGAAGAGAAACCAGAGAAGGCUCCAGAGCCAGAUAUUCCUCUCCUGCCCAGACCCAGGAGUAGCUCAAUGGUGGCGGCAGCACCCUCACUAGUGAACACUCACAAAACCCAAGAUCUCACCAUGAAGUGUAAUGAAGAAGAAAAAUCUCUUAGCCCUGAGGCCUUUUCCAAGGUUUCAUUGACCAAUCUGCGAAGGUCUGCAGUACCAGAUCUUUCUUCAGACCUGGGCAUGAACAUUUUUAAAAAGUUCAAGAGCCGUAAAGAAGACCGAGAGAGGAAAGGGUCCAUUCCAUUCCACCACACCGGGAAGAGGAGGCCCCGAAGAAUGGGUGUGCCAUUCCUGCUUCAUGAGGACCACCUGGAUGUGUCCCCCACUCGUAGCACAUUCUCCUUUGGAAGUUUCUCUGGGCUUGGAGAAGACAGGCGAGGCAUCGAAAAAGGAGGCUGGCCAACCACCAUUUUAGGGAAGCUGACGCGGCGGGGCAGUUCAGAUGCAGCUACUGAGAUGGAGAGCCUGAGCGCCAGGCACUCCCACUCCCACCACACUCUGGUGAGCGACCUGCCUGACCCCUCCAACAGCCACGGAGAAAACACAGUCAAGGAAGUGCGAUCCCAGAUCUCCACUAUCACAGUAGCAACCUUCAAUACCACAUUGGCAUCAUUCAACGUAGGCUACGCAGACUUUUUCAACGAGCAUAUGAGGAAGCUCUGCAACCAAGUGCCUAUCCCAGAGAUGCCUCACGAACCUCUGGCCUGUGCUAACCUGCCUCGCAGCCUCACAGACUCCUGCAUCAAUUACAGCUACCUGGAGGACACAGAGCAUAUCGAUGGGACCAACAACUUUGUCCACAAGAAUGGCAUGCUUGAUCUUUCCGUGGUUCUGAAGGCUGUUUAUCUUGUCCUUAACCAUGACAUCAGCUCUCGCAUCUGUGAUGUGGCACUAAACAUUGUGGAAUGCUUGCUUCAACUUGGUGUAGUACCAUGUGUAGAAAAGAACAGAAAGAAGAGUGAAAACAAGGAAAAUGAGACUGUGGAAAAGAGACCAAGUGAAGGAACUUUCCAGUUCAAAGGAGUAUCUGGAAGUUCUACCUGUGGAUUUGGGGGCCCUUCCAUUAGUGGAGCUGGAGAUGGUGGAGGAGAAGAAGGAGGAGGUGGUGAUGGAGGAGGUGGAGGAGGUGAUGGAGGAGGAGGUGGAGGAGGUGGAGGAGGCCCUUAUGAGAAGAAUGAUAAGAAUCAAGAGAAGGAUGAAAGUACACCUGUAAGCAACCAUAGGCUUGCUCUCACCAUGCUCAUCAAAAUAGUGAAGUCUUUGGGAUGUGCCUAUGGUUGCGGAGAAGGACACCGAGGGAUCUCCGGAGAUCGUCUGAGACACCAGGUAUUCCGAGAGAAUGCCCAGCACUGCCUCACUAAGCUAUACAAGCUAGAUAAGAUGCAAUUCCGACAAACCAUGAGGGACUAUGUGAACAAGGACUCUCUGAAUAAUGUAGUGGACUUCUUGCAUGCUUUGCUAGGAUUUUGUAUGGAGCCGGUCACUGACAACAAGGCUGGGUUUGGAAAUAACUUCACCACAGUGGACAACAAAUCCUCCGCCCAAAACGUGGAAGGCAUUAUCGUCAGUGCCAUGUUUAAAUCCCUCAUCACCCGCUGUGCCUCCACCACACACGAACUGCACAGUCCUGAGAAUCUGGGAUUAUAUUGUGACAUCCGUCAGCUGGUCCAGUUCAUCAAAGAAGCUCAUGGUAAUGUCUUCAGGAGAGUGGCUCUUAGUGCUUUGCUUGACAGUGCUGAGAAGUUAGCACCAGGGAAAAAAGUAGAAGAGAAUGAACAGGAACCUAAGCCUGCAGGCAGUAAAAGGUCAGAGGCGGGAAGCAUUGUGGAUAAAGGCCAGGUGUCCUCGGCCCCUGAGGAAUGUCGCAGUUUCAUGUCUGGUCGCCCCUCACAGACUCCAGAGCACGAUGAACAAAUGCAAGGGGGCAACCUGGGGCGGAAAGAUUUCUGGCGCAAGAUGUUCAAAUCCCAGAGUGCAGCAAGUGACACCAGCAGCCAGUCUGAGCAGGACACCUCGGAAUGCACCACUGCCCACUCAGGGAACACCUCAGACAGGCGCGCCCGCUCAAGGUCCCGCAGAAUUUCCCUCCGGAAGAAGCUUAAACUCCCCAUAGGUAAAAGAAACUGGCUGAAACGAUCCUCCCUCUCGGGCCUGGCAGAUGGUGUGGAGGACCUCCUGGACAUCAGCUCUGUGGACCGCCUGUCUUUCAUCAGGCAAAGCUCCAAGGUCAAAUUCACCAGUGCUGUAAAGCUUUCAGAAAGUGGGCCAGGAAGUGGAAUGGAAAAUGGAAGAGAAGAGGAGGAUAAUUUCUUCAAACGUCUUGGUUGCCAUAGUUUUGAUGACCAUCUUUCUCCCAACCAAGAUGGUGCAAAAAGCAAAAAUGUGGUGAAUCUUGGAGCAAUCCGACAAGGCAUGAGACGCUUCCAGUUUCUGUUAAACUGCUGUGAGCCAGGGACAAUACCUGAUGCAUCCAUCCUGGCAGCUGCUUUGGAUCUAGAAGCCCCUGUGGUGGCCCGAGCAGCCUUGUUCCUGGAAUGUGCCCGUUUUGUUCACCGCUGCAACAGGGGCAACUGGCCAGAGUGGAUGAAAGGGCACCAUGUGAACAUUACUAAGAAAGGCCUUUCCCGGGGACGGUCCCCCAUCGUGGGCAAUAAGAGGAACCAGAAGUUGCAGUGGAAUGCUGCCAAGCUCUUCUACCAGUGGGGAGACGCAAUUGGUGUCCGGUUGAAUGAGCUGUGUCAUGGGGAGAGUGAAAGCCCAGCCAACCUUCUAGGCCUCAUUUAUGAUGAGGAGACCAAGAGGAGACUGAGAAAGGAGGAUGAGGAGGAAGACUUUUUAGAUGACAGUAAGGAGACUCCCUUUACUACAAGAACCCCUGCUUGUACUGUGAACCCCUCUAAAUGUGGCUGCCCCUUUGCCUUGAAGAUGGCAGCUUGCCAGCUUCUCCUGGAGAUUACCACCUUCCUGAGAGAGACCUUUUCUUGCCUGCCCAGACCUCGUACUGAGCCACUGGGGGACUUGGAGAGCUGCAGACUUCGUCUGGAUCCUGAGUUGGACCGGCACAGAUAUGAAAGGAAGAUCAGCUUUGCAGGGGUCCUGGAUGAAAAUGAAGAUUCAAAAGAUUCUCUCCAUAGCAGCAGCCACACCCUCAAAUCAGACACAGGGGUGGAAGAGAAGAAAGUUCCCAGCAGGAAGAUCAGGAUAGGAGGUUCUCGCCUGCUCCAGAUUAAAGGAACCCGCAGUUUCCAGGUGAAGAAGGGGGGUUCCUUGUCCAGCAUUCGCCGAGUCGGCAGCUUAAAGAGCAGCAAGUUAUCACGUCAGGACUCAGAGUCUGAGGCUGAGGAGCUGCAGCUGUCCCAGAGCAGGGACACUGUCACUGACCUAGAAGGGAGUCCUUGGAGUGCAAGUGAGCCCAGCAUUGAGCCAGAGGGAAUGAGCACUGCUGGCACAGAGGAGAACUACCACAGGAACAUGUCCUGGCUUCACGUCAUGAUCUUGCUAUGCAAUCAACAGAGUUUCAUCUGCACGCAUGUGGACUACUGUCAUCCACACUGCUAUCUGCACCACAGCCGCUCCUGUGCCCGGCUAGUCAGGGCCAUUAAGCUGCUGUAUGGAGACAGCGUAGACUCCCUGCGGGAGAGCAGCAACACCAGCAAUGUGGCUCUGCGGGGCAAGAAACAGAAAGAGUGCUCAGAUAAGUCAUGCCUGAGGACACCUUCUCUGAAGAAGAGAGCUUCAGAUGCCAACCUGGAAGGAAAAAAGGAUUCUGGGAUGCUGAAAUACAUCAGACUUCAGGUGAUGAGCUUGUCGCCUGCCCCUUUAUCUCUUUUAAUCAAGGCAGCUCCAAUUCUGACAGAGGAGAUGUAUGGUGAUAUCCAGCCAGCAGCCUGGGAGCUCCUGCUCAGCAUGGAUGAGCACAUGGCAGGGGCAGCAGCUGCCAUGUUUCUGCUGUGUGCUGUGAAGGUUCCUGAAGCUGUGUCUGACAUGUUGAUGUCAGAGUUCCACCACCCAGAGACUGUGCAGAGACUGAAUGCUGUCCUCAAAUUCCACACGCUCUGGAGGUUUCGCUAUCAGGUCUGGCCCCGGAUGGAGGAGGGAGCACAGCAGAUUUUUAAGAUCCCGCCUCCCAGUAUCAACUUCACCCUGCCCUCCCCAGUGCUUGGAAUGCCAUCUGUCCCAAUGUUUGACCCUCCAUGGGUCCCUCAGUGCAGUGGGAGUGUCCAGGACCCCAUUAAUGAAGAUCAGUCUAAAUCCUUUUCUGCCAGGGCUGUCUCUCGCUCUCAUCAAAGAGCAGAACAUAUCUUAAAGAACUUGCAGCAGGAGGAAGAGAAGAAACGCCUGGGUCGAGAAGCCAGCCUCAUUACUGCCAUCCCCAUCACCCAGGAGGCUUGCUAUGAGCCCACCUGCACACCCAACUCAGAGCCGGAAGAAGAAGUAGAAGAAGUCACCAAUCUGGCAUCCCGCCGACUGUCCGUGAGCCCCUCCUGCACCUCGAGCACCUCCCACAGGAAUUAUUCCUUCCGCCGGGGGUCGGUCUGGUCCGUGCGUUCAGCUGUCAGCGCCGAAGAUGAGGAGCACACCACGGAACACACACCAAACCACCAUGUGCCACAGCCCCCACAGGCCGUGUUCCCUGCAUGCAUCUGUGCAGCAGUGCUGCCCAUUGUUCAUCUCAUGGAGGACGGUGAGGUGCGGGAGGACGGAGUAGCAGUGAGUGCUGUGGCCCAACAAGUCUUAUGGAAUUGUCUAAUUGAAGAUCCAUCAACUGUUCUUCGACAUUUUCUGGAAAAACUGACAAUCAGCAAUAGACAAGAUGAGUUAAUGUACAUGCUGCGCAAACUUCUCUUAAACAUUGGAGACUUUCCUGCUCAGACAUCUCAUAUCCUAUUCAACUACUUGGUGGGAUUGAUCAUGUACUUCGUGCGAACCCCUUGUGAAUGGGGGAUGGAUGCCAUUUCAGCCACUCUGACUUUCCUGUGGGAGGUGGUUGGGUACGUGGAGGGCCUUUUCUUCAAGGACCUCAAGCAGACAAUGAAGAAGGAGCAGUGUGAAGUAAAGCUCCUGGUGACUGCUUCAAUGCCAGGUACCAAAACGUUGGUAGUUCAUGGACAAAAUGAGUGCGACAUUCCAACCCAGUUACCAGUCCAUGAAGACACUCAGUUUGAAGCCCUGUUGAAGGAGUGUCUGGAGUUUUUCAACAUCCCCGAGUCCCAGUCCACACAUUAUUUCCUGAUGGAUAAGCGAUGGAAUCUUAUCCACUACAAUAAGACCUAUGUUCGAGAUAUUUAUCCCUUCCGGAGGUCAGUAUCUCCACAGCUGAACCUCGUACACAUGCGUCCAGAGAAGGGACAGGAGCUCAUUCAGAAACAGGUGUUCACUCGGAAGCUGGAGGAGGUGGGGCGGGUGUUGUUUCUCAUCUCCCUCACGCAGAAGAUCCCCACAGCCCACAAACAGUCCCACGUCUCCAUGCUUCAGGAAGACCUCCUCCGCCUGCCCUCAUUCCCUCGGAGUGCUAUAGAUGCCGAAUUCUCACUCUUCAGUGAUCCUCAAGCUGGGAAGGAACUGUUUGGCCUUGACACACUUCAGAAAAGCUUGUGGAUCCAGCUCCUGGAAGAGAUGUUCCUGGGCAUGCCAAGCGAAUUCCCCUGGGGAGAUGAAAUUAUGCUUUUCCUCAACGUUUUCAACGGCGCUCUGAUCCUUCACCCAGAAGACAGUGCCCUGCUCAGGCAGUACGCUGCCACCGUUAUCAACACUGCCGUGCACUUCAAUCACCUCUUCUCUCUCAGUGGCUACCAGUGGAUUCUCCCCACCAUGCUGCAGGUAUACUCUGACUAUGAAAGCAAUCCCCAGUUACGUCAAGCCAUCGAAUUUGCCUGCCACCAGUUCUACAUUCUACACCGCAAGCCCUUUGUGCUCCAGCUGUUUGCUAGUGUGGCUCCUCUCUUGGAGUUUCCUGAUGCUGCCAAUAAUGGGCCUAACAAAGGUGUGUCGGCUCAGUGCCUGUUUGACUUGCUACAGUCCCUGGAAGGAGAGACCACUGACAUAUUAGACAUCCUAGAGCUGGUCAAAGCUGAGAAGCCUCUCAAGUCAUUAGAUUUCUGCUAUGGAAAUGAAGAUCUGACCUUCUCUAUCAGUGAAGCCAUUAAGCUCUGUGUCACUGUGGUGGCGUAUGCUCCUGAAUCAUUCAGAAGUCUUCAGAUGCUGAUGGUCUUGGAAGCUUUAGUUCCAUGUUACCUACAAAAGCUAAAGAGGCAGACAUCACAGGUGGAGACAGUACCUGCUGCCCGAGAGGAGAUUGCUGCCACAGCUGCUCUAGCAACAUCCUUACAAGCACUUUUGUACAGUGUGGAAGUCCUCACCAGGCCCAUGACAGCCCCACAGAUGAGCAGGUGUGAUCAAGGUCACAAGGGGACCACCACGGCCAAUCAUACCAUGUCUUCUGGAGUGAACACCAGGUACCAGGAGCAAGGAGCCAAACUGCACUUUAUCAGGGAAAACCUUCAUUUAUUGGAGGAAGGUCAGGGUCUUCCUAGAGAGGAACUGGAUGAACGAAUUGCUCGGGAAGAGUUCAGAAGACCCCGGGAAUCCCUGCUGAAUAUUUGCACAGAAUUCUAUAAGCACUGUGGACCAAGGCUGAAGAUCUUGCAAAACCUGGCUGGGGAGCCACGGGUCACUGCACUGGAGCUGCUGGAUGUGAAGUCCCAUAUGAGGUUGGCAGAAAUUGCACAUUCCCUUCUGAAGUUGGCACCCUAUGACACCCAGACGAUGGAGAGCCGUGGGCUUCGGCGAUACAUCAUGGAGAUGCUACCCAUUACCGACUGGACAGCUGAGGCAGUGAGGCCAGCCCUUAUCCUCAUUCUAAAGAGAUUGGAUAGAAUGUUCAACAAAAUUCAUAAGAUGCCAACUUUGAGGCGACAGGUUGAGUGGGAGCCUGCCAGCAAUUUGAUUGAAGGGGUUUGUUUGACACUUCAGAGGCAGCCAAUCAUAUCCUUCCUGCCUCACCUUAGGUCACUGAUCAAUGUCUGUGUCAAUCUGGUGAUGGGAGUGGUAGGACCUUCCAGUGUUGCUGAUGGAUUACCCCUUCUUCAUCUCAGCCCUUAUCUCUCACCACCUCUGCCCUUCAGCACAGCUGUUGUCCGGCUUGUAGCAUUGCAGAUACAGGCACUAAAAGAAGAUUUUCCUUUAAGCCAUGUGAUCUCCCCAUUCACCAAUCAAGAGCGAAGGGAAGGGAUGCUUUUAAAUCUACUCAUCCCAUUUGUGCUCACAGUAGGAUCUGGAAGCAAAGAUAGCCCAUGGCUGGAGCAGCCUGAGGUACAGCUGCUGCUGCAGACGGUGAUUAAUGUGCUUCUGCCACCCCGGAUCAUCAGCACUUCUAGGAGCAAGAACUUCAUGUUGGAGAGCUCCCCUGCCCACUGCUCCACCCCUGGGGAUGCAGGAAAGGAUCUGCGCAGGGAAGGGCUGGCUGAGUCCACCAGCCAAGCAGCAUACCUGGCUCUGAAGGUGAUUCUCGUCUGCUUUGAGAGGCAGCUGGGAAGCCAGUGGUACUGGUUGAGCCUGCAGGUGAAGGAGAUGGCUCUGCGGAAGGUGGGCGGCCUGGCCCUGUGGGACUUCCUCGACUUCAUUGUGCGGACCCGGAUACCCAUUUUCGUGCUCUUGCGCCCUUUCAUCCAGUGCAAGCUUCUGGCCCAACCAGCAGAGAAUCAUGAAGAACUUUCUGCUCGGCAACACAUUGCUGACCAGCUGGAGCGGCGCUUCAUACCACGCCCUUUGUGCAAGAGUUCACUCAUUGCUGAGUUCAAUAGUGAACUAAAAAUUCUAAAAGAAGCGGUUCACAGUGGUUCAGCCUACCAAGGGAAGACAUCCAUCAGUACUGUGGGCACCUCCACCUCUGCUUACCGCCUGAGCCUGGCCACCAUGUCCCGCUCUAACACGGGCACGGGCACUGUCUGGGAGCAGGACAGCGAGCCAUCCCAGCAGGCUUCCCAGGAUACCCUGAGUCGGACUGACGAGGAGGAUGAAGAAAACGACUCUGUAAGCAUGCCCAGUGUGGUAAGUGAACAGGAAGCUUACCUCCUGAGUGCCACUGGAAGACGUCGAUUCUCUAGCCAUGUCUCCAGCAUGUCUGCACCUCAGGCUGAGGUGGGCAUGUUACCCAGCCAGAGUGAACCUAAUGUCCUCGAUGACUCCCAGGGCCUGGCCGCUGAGGGCAGCCUCUCUAGGGUGGCAAGUGUGCAGAGUGAACCUGGCCAGCAGAACCUUCUCAUUCAGCAGCCACUGGGGAGGAAGAGGGGUUUGAGGCAGCUAAGACGUCCCCUACUGUCACGGCAGAAGACUCAGACUGAACCCAAAAACAGACAUGGGGCUCGGCUGUCAACCACUCGCAGGAGUAUUCAACCUAAGACGAAGCCAUCUGUGGAUCAGAAACGAUCUGUUACCUUCAUUGAGUCUCAGCCAGAGCCAACCGCUGCCCCAACAGACACGCUUCCUGCCAUAGGUCAACCACAGGGCUGCAGCCCAGCCCUGAGCAGGAAACCAGAAGGAUUGGACAAACCAGUCCUCACGUCUUCCCCGGCCAUAGUUGUUGCGGAUCUCCACAGCUUAUCUCCCAAGAGUGAACCCCUCCCCACUGAAGAAGGAGAAAAGAAGGAGGACACAGAAGCACAAGGUGCUGCAGCACACAGCCCCCUCUCUCCUCAGCUUUCAGACCCUGAUGACUUCACAGGCCUUGAGACAUCCAGCCUCCUACAGCAUGGAGACACUGUGCUUCACAUCAGCGAGGAAAAUGGCAUGGAGAACCCCCUGUUGUCUAGCCAGUUCACUUUUACUCCUGAGCUGGGGGAGACAGAUGUAGUCCUAGAUGAGUCUCAUGUUUAGUUCUGUAUCUUGUUAGUAUUGAAGGUAUAGAGAAGACAGGGAGAGGAUCACUCUGUUGAAAGCUGAAUACUUUUGCUUUUAAUUAAAAAGAUUAAUUAUAAAACAGCACUUUACAUCCAAUGAGCGGCACAAAUCUGAGUAGAUUUUGCUGCUAAUAUACCUAGUAAUGUAGGUUUCAUAAACAUCUUGAAAAUCAAAGGCUAAAAGGAUUUAGUUGUGUAAAGACCAGAAAAACCAGGGAAGAAUAAGGGGAAAGAGCCAUUUCACUGUACUUUGUGAUUCAAGAAGCCUUGAGCAGUUAAAAGUCUAUACUAUUAGAGCACUGCUUUCACAGGAAUAUUAACAAAUAAUAUAUUCUAAGAAAAGAAUGCAAUUUUUUGAGGUUGCUCACAUUAUACAUCUCAUGCAAAUGUUUAUUUUUAUAGCUUCAAAAAUAUUAAAUCAGGUGGCUAUACAAGUAGUGAUUUACAUGAUAAUAAUCAAUAUAGAGAAUAUUAGUUUGGGGUGAAUAAAUAACAAAUAAGCCUGCAGCCAUUUUUGUUUUGGUCAACAAUGUAGCCAUUUAGAAGAAGAAAAAAUACUAUUUUUAGAGCUGUGGACUUUUCAAAAUUUAUUUUUCAACUGUCAUUUUCAGUGCACAUUUAAAUCAGAAUGCUGAUGCCAUAAGAUGAUUCCAUUUCAUAAUCACAUUAGAGAAUACUUGGAAAUUAUCAGUUAUAAUUCUGAAUUAAGAAUCUAAACAGCUAUAUAAUUCUAAAAUCUACAUGUAAAUAUAAUAGAUCAAAAGAGGUAGUAUUCCCACUUUUAGCCCUGACUACACCCAUGCCAAGAUUCGGAUUUAUUGGGAAAUGUGAUUACUUUCCCCUAUGGCAUCCCUGUGGUAUCCUGUGCCUGCCCGUCAGGGCAUAUUUUCAUACAUUAAAGUUAGUGUUGUUAGAAUUGGUUCAGUAAAAUAACUUUUUUCUCAAUAGUGAAAAUACUCUUAUGAUCCUUGGGACAUCUAUGUUUAUGAGGAAAAAUAUAUAAAGUUAGCCAUUUCUUCAUAGACACUCAGCUUGUACACUCAGCUUGUACAUUUUACAAAUAGGCUUUUAACUUGAAGUUCAAUUACUUUAAGAUAAAGUAUGAAAUUUGGAAAGCUUUGAGGCCAAUAUCUAGUGGAUUAUUAAAGGGCUGGGCAUCAAAGAAUACAAAAUAGAUUUUUGUAAUUUUAACAGUCUACAUUAUAAAAUUGUUACAUAACUACUGCACAUAAAAAAAUCCAUAUGCAUACCUAAAUUGGUAUGAUUGGGUGAGUGUGUGUAUUUUCUAGUCCUGAAGUAAAAGUUUAACAUAAACUUUUAUUACACUGAGAUUUAAAAUACAUUCUAUAUACGUAAAUGUUGACUAUGUUGACUGUGAAAUGUAUAUGUAUAUAAAGAGGAAACCUACUAAACCCACCUUAGUUAUAAAGAAAAAUUAUUUUUCUGUUAGACUUGCUUAUUAAAUAGGCACUGGUUAUAUCAUAAUUUACAGUUUCAAAUAUAAUUUGGGGUUAUGGUCCCAUUUAUUAGGAGAAUGAAAGCUAUCUGUGAGUUAAUGAUAAAAGAAUAAAUUUAAAAUCUCAAAAUUCAGAAAAAUUAAGGAGGUAAAUGGCCUCUUUUAUGUUUUAUAACAUUUUCACAUUAUUUACACUUAAUGCUGAAUUAAUUCUCAAGUGCAAAAGUAGACAUAUAAGUGGUUUUCUGAUUCUGAUAUAUUUUACCUGCUAAAAAUCAUGCUGCUCAAUUAGCAUUAGAGGCCUUAUGUUUGGUAAUUACAAUUGUCUGGGCUAUGUGAGUCUUUCUAUAUGUGUGUGCUUUGUUCCAGUUUCUUGACUUUUGACUCAAAUUCUCUAUGGUAUAUCAAAUAUUUAAAAAGUAAGGGGUCAUCCUAAAUAUCUUUUAUUUAUAUAUAUUUUAAAUGUAUUGAGCUGUUUUGAACAUGAUUUUGCUGGUCUUUCUGCCUUUUAGUCCAACUCUUUCACUCAAGUGUAUGGAAUUCUGUUAGAAACUUUUCAAUAAGCUAAAUCAUGUCAUACCUUGCAAAAAAAAGAAAAAAAAAAAAACCCUCCCAUUCUGGGAAACAGGGGCUUACAGAGUGGGAAUGUUUUCAUACUGGGACUACUGAGAUUUUUGACGAUGUGUGUAUCUGUUCCAUUGGAGGUGUCCUUAAAUGUGUUGAAUGUAAUGUGUUGAAUGUUUAAGUGUAAUGGCUAAAGUAUCUAUAUGUAUGUGCAUAAGACCCUCAUGAGAAGUAUUCUCAGGAAUACUGUCACCUGGAGUUUGAAGGAAUAACUAUUUUUUAAAAACAACAGUCGGGGAAGGUAAGAAAAAAGUUCAAGGUAAUUGACAAUCUUUUGUAUUGUUCAAAAUAUUAUUGACUACUUGACUAAAAGUUAAUUAUUACAUAUGAUAAAUACAGUAUGGUAAUAAUAGAUCAUUUCUUAAGCUAUGUUACUUACUGAUAUUUGUCUUAUUCAGAGGAAAAAAAAUAUAGGCACCCACUUCCCAUGUAUAAAAACUUGGACACAACAAAAAGGUUGCUUAUUCAGAAAAUAAGAUUUGAGAGACCCUGGAAUAAACAUGUAUUAUCCAUAACAGUGGGUAUAGAUACAUAAUAUGCAGAUUCAAUUUAACCGGUUCAAAUCCUGGAUACCGAAUUUUCUAUAGUAAUCAUUUUACUUUCAUUUUUCAGUAUUUGCUGCUUUCUAUAAUUCUAUUAGAUAAAGUAUUUGAUUUUUCAUAAAAGGAAAUUAGUUCUUGGGUGCAAGUCCCAAGACAUUAAGAACUACAGUGUCAAAGGCAUGAAUGGGCACAUGGUGUUGCUGGGGGUAGAGUCUGCAGUAUUGGUGAUCUGAUUAGGGUAUGUUGCACAGAUUGGGAGUAGCUGGUUUGCUACUUCAAGCCUCCAAGAAUAUCUUAGACAGAUUGACAUCUCCUCUUCUUUAGCAUCUGUUCCUUUAAGAAAGAACUUUCUCCACUCUGCUGCCCAGCUCUGAGAGUUUUUAAGAAAAUAGUGCAUACGUAGAGGUAGAGAACUAUAGGAAAGAAAGGGCCAAAAAUGAAUAGAAUGGCAGUCCAAAAUAUGAAUUAAAUAUCCUUCCUCAAGUUAUACACUUUAAUAGAGCACAGUCUCUGGAAUUGCUGCUAUCACAUCAAGUCAUGCUGUUGCCCUGUGACCUCACACUUCCAAUUCCAUGGCCUUGUGUCUUGCAGUGAGUAAAAUGCCCCACUUCCUCAUUUACUUUAGUGGGUCUCAACUGCAGCAUUUCAAAAGCAAACUUUGAUUUGACACUCAGGAGAAUAUAAAACAAGGGCAGGAUGUGUUUGGAAAAGUUUAAGACAAAUUUACUUAUAUUAUUUUAGGAUCAUUUAGGAUUACAGAUCUAUGUACCUCCAUAAUAUUUUUUAAUUGUCACUGUGACCACAGGAUGAAAGUCCUUUAUUAGCCAUUUUAUAGGUAAAACAAAGGAUUGACUACACAGCCAACUUCCCUCAGAUGACUAUGAAGUCUGUUGUGAAUAUUGAAUGACCAAAGAGCAUGGAAAAAUGCAUAUGAAUAAAUACUGAAAUGUUUAUGAAAGAUAUUUAUGAAAGAUAUUGACUUCUGUGUUUGAAUAUGCACAUAUAAUAAAAAGAAAUCUAAGAGCAUUUAAUAUGCCUGAGUUUUA